CCUAUAGACGAGAAGAAAAAUGGACAACAGCACGAUUAUUUUUCUAAAGAGCAAAAGAAGCGAGAACGCACUCGUUUUAACAUUUUUCAAAGGGCUGAGUUGGAAAAAGCUUUUGCAGCUUCCCCAUACCUUGCACCAAGGCAUCGGUAUGCCAUGGCGGCUAGAUUGGGUGUCAAGCCAGUUGCCAUACAGGUAAGUUUUUUUUAACCAACCAAGACGCUUUUUAAAUUUAAAGAGACCGAGGUAAUCUUAAUAGAAGUAGACGAAGUUAGAAUGGAAAGGCUUUCCGAGAACUGAUGAUCAAUAUUUGUCAGUUGACAUUUUGAGAAAAGGUUGUUCUUGAAAAGGAGAGCAGUUUCUUGAACAUUUCAGUUUGGGUUUCAUGUUUCUAAAGUUCUGAGACUGUAAAUGAAAGUGAGCACAACGCUCCUAUGCCGCUGCCCCGGGGCCGCUGCUUGCAGAGUGUAAGAUUGUUCACAUCUCUUUUAAAAUUUUCCAACUGAAGGUCAAUUCCCCAUUGUCAAUUAUUCCCCUCAUUAUAGACUGUUCCAGGCCGUAAGAUAGUAGGAAAAGCGGAUCAAGAAAGGUUCUGAUCGAGAGCCCAGCAAAGUCGUGCCUGGCCAUCGCGGUUAAAUAGUCGAAAUAAACUGUAAAGCGGACGUUUCGGCGUAAUCAUAAUGACGCCAUUGUUAAAACUCAAUAACACUUUUUGCGAUGUAUAUAAAUAGAAUCUGGAUCGAACACUGAUUCUAACACAAAAUGUGCGACGAAAUUUCCAUAGUAAACUCUAAUAUGCUAGAAUUGCUUUACAGACUUUGUCUAGAUAGCCAAUAGCAUCACGGCUUAACUGAAAGACGACCAAUCACAGGUCAAUAACCAGAGUUUGAAAUACCAUCACCUGACGUGAUAUAACUCGGUUGACUCUGAAGAUGGCUCCGUAACGAAACGUCAGUUAUUGUCGACAACAGUCCUAUUCAAGACUUCAAUUUACUCACCUGGAGGAUAAUAUUCCACUAAUUAUAACUGGACAUGAUAUAUGAUAUACACCUAUUUCAAUUAAGGUUGCUUCCGUGAACCAUGUUUCAUAGCCUGCAGUGCACUAUGGUAAACCCUUUUGUAGCGGGAAGUUUAGUCUUGUUCACGUUCAUUGAAAUUAUGGAGAUCAUUUGUGAAAAGGCGUUCAAGAGAGCUUUCAAGUCAAAUGGCUGCUAAAAUUCUUAAGCAUGAGUGAGCUGAAAAAUUUCAUUUUAAAAUCUCAUACUAAAAAAUUAGAAGCCUCUUCUUCUAAUAGCAUUAAAUGAUUAGGGUUUUACCGCCUGAUUAAGCUGCGUUUUUACAUGCGCCAGAAUGCUGCUUAUUUCAAUAAAGCAAAUCAACGCUAUUCUUUUUUAAUUCAGUUUUAAAAAAAUUGCUUCGAAAAUAGAUAAACACGUAAUGUUAAGUUAUUUAUUGCUGUACAACAAACGCCUUGAAUUUGAUUUUUUUCUUGGUUUGCAAGAAAUCACUGUCGACGUUUGCUGACAAAUUUCUAGGCGCAGAGUUGCUACAAUAAUGCAUCGCGGGCUAUGAAACAUGGAUCAUGCAUCCUUCUUCUCAGAAGCAACCUUAACUGAAAUAGGUGUAUAUUCACCCCAUUCAAGGGACAGUCCAGCUUCCAAUUGUAAGUGGGAUUUUUUGUUUUUUUCUUUUCUCUUUAAGUCUUGGUUCAAGAAUCGACGUUUCAAAUGGCGCAGAGAGGCAAAGGAAGGCUCAUGCGGCUCAUCUCAGAGGUUGAAUCAAAGGCUGGCCGCUGCAAAGGCAUAUAUGCCCUUCGUGUACCAGGCACCAUGUGGCUACGAUACUGGCCGCAUCCAGCUGACUCCUUGCCAGGGAUGUUGCAAAGGGAAUCUAACCGAGGAACCGUAUAAAAGCGCUUUCUAUAAAUAUCCCCCAUACUAA